CAGAUUGGUCCUACUAUGCUACAGCUGCUUUGGCGUCCUACCUCAAAAUAUUUGAUGGUUUUGUUUUGAUCGCAGAUUUAUACGAUAUCCAAUCACGGGAAAUGAUGCACUCCCAGGCGAUGCAAACCAUACCCACCCUCCACCAGCCGCUGCACUCCAAGGUGUCAAACUACCUGAACAACCAGCGGAGAACCGGGCAAUUCUGUGACCUGCUCCUGGAACUGGACUCGGAUGAUACGCAGAGCCUGAGUGUACACUUCUGCGUGCUGGCCGCCCAGAGCCAGUUGAUAAACACCAACCAGAAGCAGCAGCAGUUCUCCAUCCACAAUCCCCUGAAGAUCACCAUCCGAGAUUUCAGCUGCGCCCAGUGCCUGCACACAAUUGUGGACUUCUUCUACGAGGAUAUUAUGUCCGUGUCCAAGGAGCACGAGCCACACUUUCGGGAGCUGGCGCAGAUUCUGGCUGUCACUGAACUGCUGAACCUCUACCAGUUGCAGCCCUUGGGCGAGGUGAAGGAGUCCUCAGAGGACACGAAUCCUGGAGAGGUGGAACUAAAUGCAGAGCCAGCUAGGAAGGCGGAGGAUGAGUUUGAGAACCGACAGAGUUACUUUAAGUUAAAGAACCCGAGGGCCGUAAAGUCCAGCAGCAAGGUGAACUACUGUAUUGGCUGUGACUACAAGUGCUACCAGGUGCAGAAGAUGAUCGAGCACAUGGGCAGCUGUGAACCGUCUCACUUGACCUGCUCCCUUUGCGAGGUGGGCUUCCUGGACUGGCGGGAAUACGACAUGCAUCUUCGCAGGCACUCCGGGGACCUACGCAAGCCUUUCUUUUGUCUGCAGUGCGGCAUUCGCUUCACCACUCGAGCUGCCCUGCUCGUCCACCAGCCCAAGCACUCCACGGAGACACCUCACAUCUGUCCUCACUGCGGCAAGGGCUUCAAGUGGAAACAGGGGCUGAGCAACCACAUCCUGGUCCACAAUCCCGAGAAGCAGAUGCUGUGCGACGUCUGCGGCUAUAGCACCACUCACAUGAAAGCCCUCAAGUCCCACAAACUCCUCCACACCGGAGAGUUCUUCGCCUGCACUGUUUCGGGCUGCAAGCACCGGGCCAAUCGAAAAGAAAACCUCAAGCUGCACAUUGAGACCCACAAACAGGGAAGGGAUUUCAUCUGCGAGAUCUGCGGGUGCAAGUUCAGCCAAAGCAAAAACCUCAAGCGUCAUGCCUUAAAGCACACAGAGAAUGGUCCGAAUCGAUACAAGUGCCAGCUGUGUGGAUUUAGUAGUCAUCGCUCAGACAAAAUGAAGGAGCACGUUCAGCGGGUGCACACGGAGAAGGCGGUGCAAUUGGAGCUCUCGGAGACGGUGGACAGUUCCUUCCCGGAUGACUUCGAUUUACCGGUAAUAGAGACCUUCUCAACACCCAGCAAGAAACCCAAGGAAGUCAAGAGCAAGACCAAAAGGGAUACGAAUCCGGAUAGGCGACUGAAAACUCUACUGCCAAAGGAGACUGUUAAGUAGGAUCAAAACAAAAGGUUACUUUAGGUCCCGCGGGAAUAGGUUAUUAAAAACCGGAAAAGUAAACACUUCGAAGUGGUUUAUUUUAUGAAAGCGGAUGAAACAAUCUAUAAACUUGGUAAACAAGAUUACAGAAAAUGUGUAAUGGAGGAAACCGGUAUUCAAUUUAAAACGUUUUCUUAUAUCACAUAUUGAAUGGAAGGGCCUUUUCAUGGUUAGUUACGAUACACCAAACAGCAGAUCAGUUCUGCUUACAUCUGAAAGAAAAAUAUUUCAGAAAUAAUGAUUGGCUACCAAAUGGGAUUGAAUGGUUAACAAAGCUGUGAUAUGUUGUGGAAGGUUCUUGAAACAACAUUGUUGGGGCCGAUCCAUUCCUAUCUUAUCUUAGAACAACUGCGUCGUUUCCAGAGUACAUUUCAGAACGAAUACCUCCCAAAUGACUAACCAAAGCGAUAGUUAGCACCUUAUCACUGCCAGAACGCUGCGUAACAUCUGUUUUAUAUAAACCCAUUAAACCAAAACAAACUAAAAGCUUUUCGCUUUCUAGAAAUAAACAAAUGCGAAACAGGUGGGAGGGAACUGGGUCAGCCGAUCAGGUUCUAGCGCACCCAGAUAAAAUGAAUAAUUGGUAAUUCAAAAACAGAUUUCUGUGAGUGCUACCCUCCUUUAAUUUAAUUUAAAAUUACCUUGAGUUGGCGAAACUUUCUAUCUGAAAAAUGUGAAAAUAAUUGGUUCGUAUUGAAAGAAAAAAUUCGGAGCAGUGCAGUGGUUAAUCAUCCAGAACUCGUGCUGCAUUAAUUCUAUAUUUAUAAUGUGGAGAAAUAAAUGCUGGGUAAAUGCACUUUGGGGGACGAACGUACGUACGUUGAGGGCCAAGGUGGGCGUGUGUUACAUAAGAAUUUUAAGAUGUGUGUGCUGUGAAAAGUUCUUUAAUAAUUAAAAUAAAUGGACAAGGUAAAAUAAUA